CAGCGUGAGAAUUAAGUUUAAAAGCAACAAAAACAUUUCGUGGAUUUGAGAAUUUCAUCAGUUGUAGAAAAUCUUUCACACCAUUUGGAAUAGUUUUUGUAUAAUCCUUUUAACAUUUUGCAUUUUUUCUCGCAAUUUUAAAUUGAUAUUUUGGGUGAUACGAGUAUCUUGAAAAUGUUACAAAAUAUUUUAAUAUUAAUAGCUUCGAUUUGUAUUUCGAUUUUUGUGAAUCAAGUUGAGACUCAAUUUAGAGAAGAAGCCUGUGAAACUUUACGGUCUGAAAUACACAUAACAAAAGAGGAAUUCGAUGAAAAAGGACGCCUUACAAGGACUUGCAGCGGAGACAUAGCCGUAAAUAAAUGCGAAGGAGCUUGUAAUUCUGAAGUGCGGCCUAAUGUGUUUAGCCCCAGUGGAUUUUCAAAGGAAUGCUACUGUUGUAGAGAGAGUUUUUUGAAAGAACGUGCCAUUAUAUUAAAUCACUGUUAUGAUCCAGAUGGAUUACGAUUAACUGCUGAAAAAGUAUCCGAACUGGAAGUCAAAUUGAGGGAACCGGUGAACUGCCAAUGUUCGAGAUGUGGAAAUAGUCCGAUUUAAUUUUGAAUUACCUAUGUAAUUAAGUACAUUAUGUAAAAGGUGAGGUUUGUAAAAAUUUUAUCGAAAGUUAGAAUUUUUAUUUUGUUAUACAUAAGUAAAUGAAAUGUCACACGA